AUGAGGUUAACAGCAGACCUGAUCAACAGCUCCCUCUCCUACAUCAACCCCCUCACCGAGCGCGAGCUGGACCUGCGAGGCCACAAAAUCCCCGCGAUCGAGAACCUAGGUGUUGCGAAGGACCAAGACAGCAUCGACUUCACCGACAACGACAUCACAAUUCUAGGCAACUUCCCGCUCUCCCCACGCCUCCAGACGCUGCUAUGCACCCGCAACCGCAUCUCGAGCAUACAGCCUACGCUGCACAAGACAGUGCCGAACCUCACCACGCUGGUGUUGACGCAGAACCAGAUGGCCGAGCUGGCAGACCUGGAGCCUCUUGCGCACUUUCCGAAGCUGACGCAUCUGAGCCUUGUCGAGAACCCCGUUACGGGUCGUGAGAACUACCGCUACUGGCUCCUCCACCUCUCCCCCACCCUCCGCUUCCUCGACUACCAGAAAGUCAAAGACGCCGAGCGCGCCAAAGCGCGUCAGCUCUUCGGCACACGCGCCGCGCCCACCGAGCUCGCGCAGAAGAUCAUGAGCGUCCGCUCUCGCGCCACCACUGCCUCCUCCGCUGGCGCAAACGGCGCACCAGGCACAGAGAAAGCGGCCGGCAGGGUGCGCAUGACAGAGAAGGAGAAGAAGCGGCUGGAGGAGCUGAUUCGGAACGCGAAGAGCUUGGCGGAGAUUUCAAGACUGGAGAAGGAGUUGAGUGAGGGGCGGAUUCCGGCGGGGGUGAUGGGAGAGGGGGAAGAGAUGGAGGAGUAA